AUGGACCCUUCUAACUACGCCCUACCACCAGGAUCCCGAAUCCUCGUCACUGGAGCAAAUGGCUACAUCGGCACACACGUCGUCGACCAACUAUUAGGCCUGGGCUACGCAGUGCGGGGCACACUCCGGACAGAAAAGCCGUGGCUAAACGAAUUCUUCGCGAAGAAGUAUGGAGCGGGUUCUUUCGAGACGGUACUCAUAAGAUCUUUUGAGAAUCACGAUGAGAUUGAGAGUGCACUCGAGGGAAUUGAUGGACUUAUUCAUUUGGCCUCGGAUGUCUCGUUCAAUAACGACCCCAAAGCCGUAAUCCCAUGGGUCGUCAAGGCCACACAGGAUCUGUUGAAAUCCGCUGCCUGUCAUCCUUCUGUUAAGAGGGUUGUUUUGGCAUCUUCGUCUACGGCGACGUAUCUAAGUUGGCCUGAUGCUAGUGGAAGAACGAUUGAUACUGAUACUUGGAACGACGCCGCAGUUGCAGCAGCAUGGGACGAAAAUACCGAUCCACAGAAGAAGCCGAUGAUGGUAUAUUCUGCCUCUAAGACAGAAGGUGAACGGCAGGCUUGGAGGUGGAUUGAAGAGAAUCGUCCUUCUUUUGUCUUCAAUGCUGUUCUACCUUGCUUCAAUGUUGGUAGAUAUCUUCAUCCAGAAAACACGGGGUCGACAAUGGGUUUUGUUCGUCAAUUGUUGAAGGGUGAUUCCGCUGCAUUCAUGAUACCAGAACAAUGGCGCGUCGAUGUCGAAGACGUCGCUCGACUAUUCGUCGUCGGCCUCUUAGAUCCGGGCGUACAGUCCGAGCGAAUCUUCGCAUUUGGCGAAUUGGCUCAUUGGGCUGAUAUUGUUUCUCAGCCUUCGCGCGCUUCGUCCGGAGAACAAGAGUAUCCCUGA